AUGAGACUGCGGUCGAACCACGUUCUUCCGCCGAUUACGGAGUACGUCCCACGUCGCCGUCGCCAGACGCGAAGUGCAUCCGCACAGGCUGGGCCCGAAGCCGCGAGCGAGACUGUGGCAGAUGUUGCGCAAGAGACCGUGCCAGAAACACAGUCUGCUGAAGAGAGACCCGCUCCAAAGCGGAAGCCAGCCAAGAAAGCCGGCCGGAAGAAGAAGGCUGCACCAAAGGGCAAGAAGCCUGCUGGUCGCAUCGCGGAGACUGAAGCUGCCGAAGCGGUCGAGACCCAGGAAAACCCCCUAGCGCUCAUUCCAUCUGUGGAGCAACCUGACACCCGUACGUUGCCCCCAAUUCCUACUAGAGUUCCCGCCCCCAAGCGUAUUGUCCGCGGACGAGAUAUUUCGGCGGUCUUUCGGCAUGGCAGUGCUAGCGAACUCCUGAAAACGGAUUAUCGGGACCCGAAUCCCUCGCCCCGACAGACCCCUGUGAUGCAAUAUGCCUGGCCGCCUGGAAUAAGUUACAACAAGCUAAAACGAAGAAUCCCCUGGUCACUUCCCUGGGCUCCACCACCUCCCCCUCGAGGCUGGCCCCACAGACGCUCUCUUCAUAUGACUGGUACCCUGGAUGAACCCGAGCUGACCCGCACGGAAGAACAAUUCUCUAGGAAACGGAACAGACUGUCUGAAGACGACUCUUCGCCAUCGAAACGUCACAAGCUUACACUUCAAACCCCACGCGGCUUCGAAAACCGACCCCGUGGCAGCCCUCGCAGGACGUACGCGGAUCGCGCCCGGCGACGCGAAGCGGAACGGGAUGGAAGAAUCGAUCGCACCAUUUACCGUUUCCCCCAGCUUUUGGCUCAGCAAGGAGAAGAUGCGAGGUCUGGCAAUUCAGACCUUACGGCAUCCCAUGUAAGAGAAGAGACCACGCCCCACGGUAAUCAUGUUGCUCCCUUCUCUUCAUUGCCUUCUGCACCCCCACCAAAUCAAGUCGAAUCCCAAAACCAAACCCCAAACCGACCUGGUUGGCGACAAUGGAUAUUUAGUUCAGUCACUGGUCUUUGGCGACGAGGCAAUGCGCCCCAAACUGCAGAGGCCCCACAAGAUUUUAAUGGCAGAACCUCAAAAUUCAAUGGGAAAUCAAUCUUCAUCUUCCAUCGCAACACCCCUAUCAGCUCCACCCCCUCCUCCCUUGUGCCACCGAGAAAUUUUGAAUCUCCCACUCCGCGCCCGCGUAUUGCAGCGUCGCGAACCUCACACUCGCGUCUGACAGCUAGCGCACGCGCCCCGCAAGUUGGCAAAAGAAAGAAGUACUCCUAUGAUUUGGACCCACCUGGGUUUGAUCCAGAACUGCUCGCGCGCAUGCGUGCUAGGAAGUCGAAUCCUGAGGAUCUCCAACCUGUGACUGCACCAGAACAAGUUCGUGCGCGCUAUGAGAAUGAAUCGAAGAAGCGCAAGCGAUCACCAUCACCCGAUGUCAUUCCACACCCUCCAGGAUGUAGUUACGGCUUUGACCCAGAUUAUUUCAUCUACGAUGAUGAUGAAGAGGAGGACCUACCCACAGAUACGCAGGAACAUCAAGAUAUCAAGGCCAAACAGGUUACAAUCAGCGAUGCACCGGAAGAGGAACAUGUCUCCAAGCUUGUGCGCUCUGAUAAUACCCACGUGGAAAAAUCACCGGAAGAACAUGUUGCUAAGCGUGUGCGCUCUGAAAACACCCACCGGGAAAAUGCAUCGGAGGAACAUGUUUCCAAGCGUGUGUACUCUAGCAACGCCCUCGAAAACGUCAACCAGCAGGUUGCACCAAAGCAAAUUUCGAUGGAAGAACUGCGCAAGGUCCGCGAACAGGCCGAACAAUACAAGCCUAAGACGCCCAGUCGUCUGCGAGCUGCCCACCGCUUCUCGACCAGCUGCACUGAAGUUGUCAAAGAUGAUGAAGAAGAUGCAGAUGAUGAUGAAGCCCGCCGACGAAAGAUGAGAAAAACAUCACUAGCCAAGGCAUGCCCUAGCGGUGACCUCAACAACAUUAUCUGGCCCGAGACUGAAUCAUGGGUGGACCGUCUCGACUGGGGCCACUGUGACCUUGACAAAUGGCUCACUCGGAGCCCUCAAUAUGAGAGAGAUGCGCUCAUUGAGGAUUACCACCAAUUCUUCGUGUCCAAGCUUGCUGAGCAACGUGCUCGGCACUAA